AUGAUCGAAAACGCGGAACUGGUCAUGCAAAUGCUGGAGAUGUACCAGAUGUACAAGCAACAGGUUCCCGUGGAACUGGAAGAGUAUCUAAGGUAUGUAGCAAAGACCGGAAACACACUGUUCCAGUGGACGCUGGUCAAGCCGUUCAUCCGUGAGAAGAUAAUGAACGUUAUUGCCGAAUUUUCGGAACAGUCUGCGUUGUCUGACAUACCGCCAUACCCAAAUGUCGACCCGUUCAACUACGAGGCCAUGAAGACCAUGUUGUUGGAACGUUUCGACACUUUCAAUGGGCCCCCGUUCACCAUACAAAGGCUUUGCGAGUUGUUGUCUUGCCCAAGAAAAGAAUACAACCGUGUGGACAAAUUCAUGCGUGCCGUAGAAAAAAACAUAUUGGUUGUCAGUACUUGCGAGUUGAGACCCAAGCGAGAAGAGCCCAUUGUCAAUGGCGUCCCAGACCGGUGGGAAAAUGGGAAAGAGUCCGAUAUCAGUAUGGAAUUGGUAGAUAAAAAUAAUGUUAUUACAGACGCAAGUGUCCUAAAUGGUAAUGAUACAGUCGAAAGUCUUCUGAACGAACUAGAAUCAAUGAAAACUCCUGAAACAAAACUGGAUGAAUCAAAGACAGAACAAAAAGAUCAUCUUGUCGCACAAGUUACAGACAAAGUUGAAUCUAAUAUUACUCCGGAAGAACCCAAACAAGAUACUCCAGUAUUAAUCACCCAAGAUACACCACUUCAGACACAAAUUACAGACUCUACUACAGAAGUUGUGGAACCAGUCGAUAUUGAUGUCGAACCAGUUGAUGUUGAUGUCCCACCAAAUGUUUCCGCUGAACAUGAAUCUAUAGUUGACCAACCAAAAGAGUUAAACUCUGAAGUCAGUGAAAUUCAACCUGUUGAAGUUAAAGAACAAAUUGUAAGUGAUCCUGUUGAUGAGCUUAAAGAUUUAUCCCAAGAUAUAGAGCUUGAAAUUGUCAAACCAAAAACUGAAGAGCCAAUUGUAGAAAGUAAGGAAUUGGAUCAUUUGGAAUUAACACCGACAGAUGCUGAUCGAGUAGAAGGCUCAAUUAUUCAUCAAGCUCCUGAUUCUGAUAACAAAGUAGAAUUAGAUAUAGACGUAUCACAAACUGCAGUUGUGUUGGAAAAAUCAGACGAAAAUCUUGAAAGUAUGGAUGUACAAGUUGAAGAUGUAUCCAAAAGUAUGGAAUCUGAAGUAAUCAGUGAUAAUGUACAAGAAGAAUGUACAAAUCCUACAGAAAUUGAAAAUGACAAACAAGUUGGUGAAUCUACUAUUGAUGUACCUACUGUAGACCCAGUUUCUAUAGAUAUGGAGGUAGAACUAGAGAAGACAGAAAAUGACAUUAUCCCUGACGUUAUACCACAAGAAAGUGUUAAAGAAAAUGAAGACAUCCAGACAACGGAACCUAAUACAACUGUUGAAGAACCUCAAGUACAGGAUGAAAAUAAAUUGACUGAAAGUGAAUAG